GAGCUAGAACUUCGAACAUUAUUCCAGCGCAGUGUAGUAAUGCGCCCACUUCCUCCACUGCCCUCUGUUCUGCCUAAGCACUUACAUCCUCCGAUCUCAAAAGAAGUCCGCAGUGGGCAAUUGUCUGCCACUAAAAGCAAGCUUCAAACAACGAAGCCAACGUCACCGUUGUCGACGCAUCAUAGCACUUCAAAAAGAAAAAAAAAAAGAGGAGUAUUGAGGCAACGCGUCACGAAGUGUAUCCUUAUUGUAUCCAUCCGCGCCUAACGUGCGGCGCAGCAACUCGCACGCCGGGCAGAAAGCCCUAUGGUUUUUGGCGCGAGCUGUGAACUUCGUAAUCGCAGCCUUUCGAACAGAUUAUAAGCGGCUAUGGCGCGGAAGAAGUCGAGCUUUAUGACCAAGGCUCAAAAACUUGCAAGAGCGGCACGUUUUACGGCUGGACGAACAGCGCAUCGACAAACGGCAGAAGAAGGCAGCCAAGAAGAAACGCCAGAAACCGACGGCGCCGACGGAACCCCCGAGUCGCCAUGUUCUCCCAGCACCGAACAACAAGCAGCGGUCGAGGAGGAAACCUCUCCCCGUUCUCCUCCUCCAGGCGACGCCAGUGCUGCCAACGCUUCGGAGGGGUCGCGUCGCGAAGCGGACGAAACUUCGGCUGCCAAGAUGGCGACGCCCACAGUCGUUUCUCGUGUCUUCGACAUCGACAAGGAUGAUCCUGACUCGUGGUGCACCGUGGGCCUCGUUACUAACAGCGAGUGUCACCAGACUAUCCUGACGGCUGAGAGGGGCAUAAAAAGCUUCUGCGACUUGCCUGCAGUCGAGCAGGCCGCAAUAACCUCUCGCCUCGGCACCGACGAUGUGCAGACCGUCUGCUUCCACCAUCGGAGGUUCUAUCUGUACGCCGAGCGACACAAACAAGGAUGCCUCGAUCGGCUUCUCCAACAUAAUGGUAAUCAACCGCUGGACGGUCAGAUAAAGGUGACGAAUCAAUUAGCCGAAUCGUGCCGCGACAUCGUGGAGCUAGAAGAAGGGGAGCUACUGUGCAAAGUGUGCGUCGGUGCGAUCAAGAGCAAGCAGGACUCUUCUAGUGACGCACCGCCGAGACGCAGCUCCUUCGCUUUCAUUCUUAACUCGAAGAAAUACCAGGAUCGAGCCAAGAGGAUUGAUGACAUUGUGACCCGAUGUUCCGUAGGUAUCAUGACACGUUCCUUGUGCCACAUGACCUCAGACACAUUUGAUGAGUCUAUCAGUGACUUCACUUCUCUGGCUUAUGGCACUGCAAAGGCCCUGGUUUCUCGCAUCGGCCGAACAUUUGAAAACAUCUGUAUGCAUCAUGAGCGGCUCUACCUCGAAGGUUAUGGUGCUCCUUGUUUCGACCCAGAGAACAAACACAACAGUCAAGUCUCAUCAGGGCAAAAAUGGCUUGUUCCUCGACGCUUCGCUCUUGUUUGUCGUGGAAGAUAUCCACUGAGACCAGGCCGUACAGUCUGCAUGAAAUGCCUGAGAGCCAUUCGCAGCAAGUACCCAGACAUCGAUGCCUUUUACAAGGAAGAUGAAAAGGAAAUCCAACUGAAAUUAGAACAGUUAGCUGAAUCAAAGCCAGAGGAGACAAAGAGUGACCAACUGGACGUACAAACACAGUCUGAUGGUGAGAACUCCUCUCAAAAGGAUGACAGCAACACCAGAGACGGAUGGAAAUUGGACAGAUUGGGGAGGAGGCGGCGGAAUAUUCGCCAGCGCUCCAUGAGUUCCACGGUGCGAGUUUUGCGCCACCUCCUUCGAAAGAUGGCGCCACGCUGCGUGACCAGGCCGGCAUAGGGUGCCUCGAUGCCACGCUUCUCAACGGCGCGGGAAGCGGCCCUGACAUC